AUGCUGAACAAGAUUGGCGAAGAUACAUCGAACUGGGGUACGAUACUCGUAUAUAUGAUUUGCUGUCGGCUAGACUCAGCAACCUUACGACAUUGGGAGUCUCAUCACAGUUCCAAGGAGGUUCCCACUUACGAUGAACUGAUCGAGUUUUUGCGGAACCAGUGUAGCGUCCUGCAAUCUAUUGCACCCACAAAACCCCAACUUGAGAUUAGACGAUCCAAACAUACGGUUAGCCAUACUCAAACUUCAGUGCAAUCUACUAGUCGUUGUCCAUUCUGUGGAGAUGGUAUGCACUCAGCAUUUAAAUGUCAACGGUUCCUGAAAAUGAAGGUUGCUGAACGGUACGAGAAUCUGGCAGAGGCAGCCAAUUACUUAUCCGUUGCCGGAAUAGGAGGUUCAGUGGUCAAACCGACGAAAGUAAUAGAAGCUGUAAUUGCGCCAAGAUCGGCGAGCAUUUCUACGUACAACGAAACUGUUCGCCUCCAUGUACUGUCGAAACUUACUUCUGUACUCCCGAUACAACCUGUCAACAUACAGCAGUUGGCCAUUCCAAAUGAUAUCACGCUCGCAGAUCCUUGCUUCAAUAAACCUGGUCCAAUCGACAUGAUCAUCGGUGCAGAACUAUAUUACGAUUUGCUAGUCGACGGAAGGAUGAAGUUGUCGGAAGAUGGACCCACACUGCAGCAAACCGUGUUUGGCUGGGUAGUUUCUGGACGAGUUCCUGGUAGGCUAGUUAGCGGUGCUAAAACCCAUUCUCAUUCGUGCGCUACGGCCGACAUUCGCGACUUACUAGCACGAUUCUGGGAUCAUGAGUCCUGUCACAGCAAAAGCACAUACUCUCCGGAGGAAUCGGCGUGCGAAGAUUUAUUUGCCCGAACAACAACACGGGAUGAAGAUGGGAAAUAUGUGGUGACCCUUCCAAAAAAGGACUAUCUCCUGAAGCAGCUUGGAGAAUCCAAAUCAAUAGCACUGAAGCAUUUCUUAGGGCUAGAGAUACGAUUCGAGUUGAAGCCAGAAUGGAAGGCUCAGUAUAAGGACUUCAUUGCCGAAUAUUUGAAGCUGGGACAUAUGAGACCUGUCUCAGAGGAAACCGAACCCUCCCCAGCAUAUUAUCUGCCGCACCACGCGGUUAUCAAACCCGAUAGUUUAACAACCAAGUUGAGGGUCGUUUUUGAUGCCUCCUGCAAAACCUCUACUGGUAUUUCAUUAAAUGACGCGCUGAUGGUUGGGCCAGUAGUGCAGGAGGAUUUGCUUUCGAUUUCAAUUCGUUUUCACUUGCACCGAAUCGCUGUAGUAGCAGAUGUGGUAAAAAUGUACCGCAUGGUGAAGGUACACCCACACGAUCAACACUUGCAACGCAUUUUGUGGCGCAAUACCCCCGAUGAGCCGAUUGGGACGUACGAGCUAACUACGGUCACUUAUGGAACCGCUUCUCUAGAUGUUUGA